AUCUAAUAAUAAUAUUCUUAUCUUGUUGUUAUUCCCGGCUGUUUUGCUUAUCCAAGAUAUUCGUAAUUUGAAUUAUUCAAUAUUUGUGUCCAUAUUGUCAUGUUUGGUUGGUUAAUUUACUUUUGAAGAAAGCCAAACAGGAGACUCUUGGGAUCUUUGAUCUUGCCUUUGCUGGAUAGAUUUCAACAGGCUUUGCUUAUUCUGAUCUGGGUUUUCUUGUUUAGGCCAAGAUUCCUUUUUUAUUUAUUUUUAUUGAGGUAAGUAAUUAAUCUUUGGGAGUCCCUGGCUAUUCUUGAUACUUAUUUGGGUUUGUUUCAAGUUUUGGGGAAUAAUUCUGAUCUGGGUUUCUAUCUUUUGGAUCUCUAGAGUUGGUUCUACUUUCAUUUGAAGCCAUUUCAUUUUCAAAUCUCUUCUAUCACCCUGUUUCAUUGUCUAUAGUUGAACUUGGAUUGAUAAAAAAUAUGGGAUUUUGCUGUUGAAACUUUACAUUUUACCUCCAAGACUCAGCUUUCCUCUGAACAAUCUAAAACCCCAGUGGAUUCAAUAGAAUAGUAGAAGAAUCUUGAUUGGUCAAAUAUAGUUAAAAAGCCAUGGAUUUAGCUCAGGAAGAACCAGCUGGGGAUGGGGAAAUGGAGGAAUUGGUUAGGGUGUCAACUGCUAAUAUUCCUAACGGGGAAAAUCAUCUCCAGAGAACACAUUUUCCUGGUAUGGUGAGAAAGAAAGCUUAUAUUUUUGAUGGUCUUGGAAAUUAUUAUAACAAAGAGUGGGAUCUUGCUGAAGGUAGUGGCCAAGAGUUUUGUUGGUACCAUGUAGAACUUCCAAAAGGGAAACAAAAGCUAUCUCAAUCUGCACAAUACCUUAUAGAUGUUCUUUGUCCACCACUCAAGCUACAGGACAUUCUCUCCCUUGUUAGUAAUGGACCAUUUUGUGGGCAUGUUGAUGGAGCGCUCGUCUUUCGGGUUAAUUCACCUGGUCCUCCCUCUAGUAACUUUACAUUUAGGUUAGCUGCAAGGGUUACUGAGAAUUCAGUGAUUACCAUUUCGUUGGGACGUGUUCCUAGAUUAGGUUUCUCACCUGUUGGACAAUCUCUUCUCUCAGAGAUUCCCAGUAUUGAAAGUCCAUCUUAUCAUAGAGGAGAGAGGAAUGAAGGGAGUGGGAUUGUUAUUAGAGAACAUGUUCUCGAGUUCUUAUUGACUAUGAAUCACUCCGAGGAAGCUGAUAAUCCUGUUCCAAAGUCUGUCUCGAACCUUGUUGUUCACAUCAUCGAUACGCACAUGGAUCACCUACAAGAUGUUGUUACUAAACUUGAGAUGGAGCUGGAUUCUGUGGAGCUUGAACUGGAUAGAGGUGGAUUUGCUUUAAAGAAAGAGAUGCUAGAUGAUAGACGGUUCCCCAAAAUGCAUCUAAAUUUGCAACGUCUCCUGCAGGUGAUUGCCCAUGGGGAGCAAGUAUUUCCUCGAGUGAAGGAAAAAUGUUCUUCUAAACAUUGGUUUGCAAGUGAAGACAUCGGCUCCCUCGAAGAGCUUAUUGGACGCUUGAGGAGGCUGAAAGAGAAUGUAGGCUUUCUAGCAAAUCGUGUCACUGCAAUUCAGGCCGGUUUGGAUAGCUGGCAGUCUGAGCAAAUUAACAGAAAACUCUAUUAUCUCUCUUUCCUCUCUAUAAUAUUCCUUCCUUUAUCCGUCAUCACUGGAGUGUUUGGAAUGAACGUCGGGGGAGUUCCAUGGACUGUGCAAAAGGAUCCUGCACUAAAAGAUGGUUUCCAAAAUGUCAUGGGUCUUUGCCUUGCGAUGUUGCUUCUGGUGUUGCUAUGCUUCAUUUUCCCUGCCCUUUAUUCCCGAUUGACUGCCUGGCUUCGGAGGAGGUCUUUGAAAAGAACUUGGUCAUAUAACCGGAGAUCAUUCCUCAAGAGAACCAUCGGACUUCAAGAAAGAGGCGGUUACCUCAGGAUUUGACAGAGUUAAAAGAAAUUUGUUUCCCGGGUAUUUCUGUUUGCUGCUUCAUCGAUCACAUAUGCGAAACUGUACUGUUGGAUGCACAAAUAUUGUUUUCAAUAGCAUCAUUUUGGCUGUUUUAAAAAUAGGAAUACUAUGUUUAUCACAUCCUCCUAUUUAGGCUAGUUGUGACGAAGGCGCUUUGUUAGAGGUGAGUCCUAUUCUUUCGUCUGUUUUGUUGUAUGUUGUAUCAUUUUUCCUUUUAAAGGUUCAACUGUGCAGGUGGUUCCAUUAAAGUUUGACAGUAGAAACACAAAUAUUGUGAGUUUUUAUUGCAAUCUCGGUUUCAAGGUAAUUGCAACUCACCGAUUCUAACC